AUGCACCACGGCAGCGGCCCUCCGAAUGUCCAGCACCAGCUGCAGAGGUCCCGGGCCUUCCCCAGCAGCGAAGAAGAGCAGCAGGCCCACCCAAACCCACCCCCGUCCCCCGCCACGCCUUUUGCGCCCUCGGCCAGCCCAUCUGCACCCCAGUCGCCCGGGUACCAGGUUCAGCAGCUCAUGAGCAGGAGUCCCGUGGCCGGGCCGAACGUGAACCUCGCCCUGCAGAACGUGGGGCCGGUGGUGGCAGGAAACCCUCCACUCACGCUGGCCCCGCUGCCACUCCCCAGCCCCACCUCUCCGGGCUUCCAGUUCAGCGCCCAGCCCAGGCGCUUUGAGCACGGAUCACCGUCCUACAUCCAGGUCACCUCACCACUGUCCCAGCAGGUGCAGACCCAGAGCCCCACCCAGCCCAGCCCGGGGCCGGGGCCAGGCUUACAGAAUGUGCGGGCAGGCGCUCCCGGGCCUGGCCUGGGCCUGUGCAGCAACAGCCCCACUGGGGGCUUCGUGGACGCCAGCGUGCUGGUGAGGCAGAUCAGCCUGAGCCCGUCCACAGGCGGGCACUUCGUGUUCCAGGAAGGCUCGGGCCUCGCCCAGAUGGCCCAGGGAGCCCCCGUCCCACUGCAGCAUGCGGGCACUCCCAUUGCGAUGCGAGAACGCAGACUGUCGCAGCCCCACGGGCAGCCCGGGGGCACCGUGCACCACCUGGGGCCCCAGAGCCCCGCGGCCUCGGGCGGAGCUGGCCUGCCGCCCUUGGCCGGCCCCGGCCACAUCACCACCGCCAGCCUGCCGCCCCAGAUCAGCAGCAUCAUCCAGGGGCAGCUGGUGCAGCAGCAGCAGCAGGUGCUACAGGGGCCACCGCUGACCCGGCCUCUGCUGCCCGGGGUCGGGGGGGCUUCGGCGUUCGGGAUGACAUCCCCGCCGCCCCCCAGCAGCCCUUCCAGAACCUCAGUGCCCCCGGGCCUCUCCAGCCUCCCCCUCUCGUGCUCGGGAAGCAGGAAGACGCCCAAGAAGCUGGAGGAGAUCCCCCCCGCCUCCCCAGAGCUGGCGCAGAUGCGGAAGCGGUGCCUGGACUCGCACCUCCGGGAGAUGGAGGCGCUGCGGGAGGCCUUCCGGGAGUACCUGACGGAGCUGUUCUUCCUGCAACACCUGCAGGGGAACAUGAUGGACUUCCUGGCCUUCAGGAAGAAGCACUACGCCCCGCUGCAGGCUUACCUCAGGCAGAACGACCUGGACCUGGAGGAGGAGGAGGACGAGGACGAGGAGGAGGAGGAAAAGUCUGAGGUUAUCAACGAUGAGCAGCAAGCUCUCGCAGGGACCCUGGUGGCAGGGGCUGGCGGCGCGGUAGAGACGGACCCCUUUAAGAGGCAGCAGGCGGGACCCCCGGCAGGAGGGAUGCCUCCCGCCCCGCAGGCCACCCAGCUGGCCGGACAGAAGCAAAGCCAGCAGCAGUAUGACCCAUCGACAGGGCCUCCAGUACAGAAUGCCGCCAGCCUGCACACACCUCCACCGCCACUGCCCGGCAGGCUGCCCCCUGCCGGCCUCCCCGCUGCACCCCUGCCACCCACACUGCAGUACCCGCCACAGCCGCCGUUGGAGCCGCCGACACAGCUGCACGUGGCCACAAAGGCCCAGCAGCCCAGCACCCCAGUCCCUGUGCCCCCCGCCAGCCAGCUCCCCGUGCCCCCGCAGGGCACACAGCCGGCCCUGCUCGCCCCUGUACCCGGGAAGGCACAAAUGCAGGCCCCUCCGCCGCCGUCCCAGCCGCAGAUGGCGGCAUCCACAAGACCACCCACAGACCCCGCACAGCCCAGUCCUCGGCCCCCGCCCACCUCUUCCACCUCUUCCAUCGCUCCCGGCAGUGGCUCCGGCCCAGGGCCCUUGCCAGCUCGGGCCUCCCCAGUGAAUAGACCCUCCUCAGCAGCCAGCAAGUCUCUGUCUCCAGUCACCUCCCGGUCCUCAGGGGCAGCUGUGUCAGCCCCCCCAAAACCACAGAGCCCAGCUCAGAAUGCGGCUGCACCCCAAGACGGUUCUCAGGACAAGCUGGCAGAACAGAUGGCACUGGAAAACCACAUCCAUCAGCGGAUAGCCGAGCUGAGGAAGGAAGGCCUGUGGUCCCUGCGGCGGCUGCCCAAGCUGCAGGAGGCCCCCCGGCCGCGGGCGCACUGGGACUACCUGCUGGAGGAGAUGCAGUGGAUGGCCACCGACUUCGCCCAGGAGCGGCGGUGGAAGGUGGCUGCUGCCAAGAAGCUCGUCAGGACGGUGGUGCGUCACCACGAGGAAAAGAAGCUGCGCCAAGAGCGGGGCAAGAGAGAGGAGCAGAGCCGGCUGAGGCGCAUCGCUGCCUCGGCUGCCAGAGAGAUAGAGUAUUUCUGGUCCAAUAUCGAACAGGUUGUGGAAAUCAAACUUCAAGUCGAGUUAGAGGAGAGGAGGAAGAAGGCCUUGCACUUACAGGAAGUCUCCAGGAAAGGGAAGGAGCCGAGACCCAAGGGCCCUGAUGUGCUGCUGGAAAGUGUUCCGGACCCGGGAGCCCCCGGACGGAAACGGAAGGCGAGCAGGUCCCUCACUGAUGACGAAGCGGAAGACGAGGAGGAGACGAUUGAAGAGGAGGAGGCGAACGAAGGGGCCGUGGACCACCAGACGGAGCUGUCCAAUCUCGCCAUGGAAGCGGAGCUGCCCCUCAUCGACCUGAUGAAGCUGUACGAAGGCGCCUUCCUGCCGAGCUUCCAGUGGCCGCAGCCCCCGCCCGGCGGUGGCGAGGACACGAGUGAGGAAGAAGAUGUGGACGACGGCCCGGGCGAGCAGGAGGGCCACCGGGACGUGGUGCUCAUCGACUCGCUCUUCAUCAUGGACCAGUUCAAAGCCGCCGCCGAGAGGAUGGGCGCCGGGAAGCCUCACACGAAGGACAUCGCGGAGGUGACCGCCGUGGCCGAGGGCAUCCUGCCCAAGGGCAGUGCUCGCAUCAGCACCACGGUGAAGCUGAGCGCCCCGCCCCUGCUGCACGGCACGCUCAGGGACUACCAGAUGAUCGGCCUGGACUGGCUGGCCAAGCUCUACCGCAAGAACCUCAACGGCAUCCUGGCGGACGAGGCCGGGCUGGGCAAAACGGUGCAGAUCAUUGCCUUCUUUGCCCACCUCGCUUGCAAUGAAGGCAACUGGGGCCCUCACCUGGUCAUCGUGAGGAGCUGGAACGUCCUCAAGUGGGAGCUUGAGCUGAAGCGCUGGUGUCCUGGGCUUAAGACCCUUAUGUAUGUGGGCAGCCACCGAGAGCUCAAAGCCAAGAGACAGGGGUGGACCGAGCCCAACAGCUUCCACGUCUGCAUCACGUCCUACAAGCAGCUCUUCCGGGGCUACACGGCCCUCGCGCGGGUGCGCUGGCGCUGCCUGGUCAUCGACGAGAUGCAGUGUGUGAAGGGCCUGAGCGAGCAGCACUGGGAGGCCGUGUUCACCCUGCAGAGCCAGCAGCGCCUGCUCCUGAUCGACGCGCCGCUGCACAACACCUUCCUGGAGCUGUGGACCAUGGUGCACUUCCUCAUCCCCGGCCUCUCCCGGCCCUACCUGCACGUCCCCCUGAAGGCGCCCACCGAGGAGAACCAGGACUACUACCACAAGGUGGUCAUCCGCCUGCACCGGGUGACCCAGCCGUUCAUCCUGAGGAGGACCAAGAGGGACGUGGAGAAGCAGCUGACCAAGAGGUACGAGCACGUGCUGAAGUGCCGCCUGACCAACCGGCAGAAAGCCCUGUACGAGGACGUCAUCCUGCAGCCGGGGACCCAGGAGGUACUGAAGGGCGGGCACUUUGUGGACGUGCUGAGCAUCCUGCUGAGGCUGCAGCGCAUCUGCAACCACCCCGGGCUGCUGGAGCCCCGGCUCCCGCAGUCCUCCUUCUCGGCCAGGCCGCUGCAGCUCCGCCUGGCCUCCCUCGUGCUGAAGGCGCUCGACAGGGACGCCUGGAAGGAAGCCGACCUUUCUGUGUUUGACCUCAUUGGCUUGGAAAACGCCAUGACUCGCCACGAGGCCGAGUUGCUGUGCAGGAAAAGGGUGACGCGGAAGCUCAUGGAGGAGCUCUUCACCGCCCCGCCCCCGCCCGGCAGGCCCCCGGCGGUCCGGCUGAAGCCCAGCAGGUUGUUCCAGCCUGUGCAGUACGGCCAGAAGCCCGAGGGCCGCACGGUGGCUUUCCCCAGCACACACCUACCCCGCACGGCCACCUCCACGGCGGCCACUGCCACGCCACAGAGCCACGUUCGAGGACGGCCGCCCAUCGCCACCUUCUCUGCCAACCCGGAUGCCAAAGCGGCAGCAGCCCCCCAGGCUCCCACCGGUGCUCCGAGACCCCAGGCCGCCUCGACCUGCAGCACAGCUCCUAGCCCAGCCCAUCCUGCGAAACUGCGGGCUCAGACCGCUCCCCAGGCCUCCGCCCUGGGCCCGCCCCAGCCCCAGCCCCAGGCCCCCUCGCACCCAGCCGGGCAGAGCACGCUGCCUCCGGGGCUGCUGCUCACCUCGCAGGCCCAGGCGCGCCUGCCUAGUGGCGAGGUGGUCAAAAUAGCACAGCUGGCCUCGCUCGCAGGACCACCGAGCCGCGUGGCACAGCCAGAGACCCCGGUGACGCUGCAGUUCCAGGGGAACAAGUUCACCUUGUCCCACAGCCAGCUGCGGCAGCUCACUGCCGGCCAGCCCCUGCAGCUGCAAGGCAGUGUCCUUCAGAUCGUGUCCGCCCCCGGGCAGUCCUACCUGCGCCCUCCUGGCCCCAUGGUGAUGCAGACCGUGUCUCAGGCGGGUACCCUGAGCACCCUGGGAAGCAAGCCCCCGACCAGCGGCCCAGGCCCCGCUCCCACGGCCCCCCCAGUUGGUGUGCCUAGUCGAGUGGCGGUCAAUCCCCUGACAGUAGGAGAACCUGGAAUGGCCUCCAAACCAGCUUCUCCCAUCUCGGGGCCCACGCAGGAGGACAAGACCCGACUUCUGAAGGAGCGGCUGGACCAGGUCUACUCCGUCAACGAGCGGCGCUGCUCCCGUGCCCCCGUCUACGGCGCAGACCUGCUGGCGGCUUGUUCUCUGGCCGGCAGAGAUCGGGGAUUGGGGCUCGGAGUUCUGGGGCGCAGGUCUGGGAAGGGGGCCCAGCCAGCGAGUGUCUGUCCGUCGGCCUCAGACACUCUGCGGGACCUGAUCUUGACACAGACUCAACGGCAAGAGUCCCUCCAGGACGUGAUUGACAGGGUGGCGUGUGUGAUCCCCCCCGUGGUGGCCGCGCCCCCGGCCCUGUGUGUGUCACGGCCGCCCUCCCUCUACAGCCACCGGAUGAGGCUCUUCAGGCACCGCCUGCGGGAGCACGUGGCGCCCUACGCCCAACAGCUGCAGCGGGUGACCGCCCCGCGCUCGCUGCAGCUCCCCGAGCUGCGGCUGGUCCAGCUGGACUCAGGGAAGCUGGACGCGCUGUGGAUGCUGCUGAAGAAGCUGCGGUCCGAACGGCGCCGGGUGCUCAUCGUGUCGCAGAUGGUCCUCAUGCUGGACAUCCUGGAGCUGUUCCUCAACUUCCACUUCCUCACCUACAUCCGCAUCGACGAGAACGCCAGCAGCGAGCAGCGGCAGGAGCUGGUGAAGAGCUUCAACAGGGACCGGCGCAUCUUCUGCGUCCUGCUGUCCACGCGCAGCCGCUCGGCAGGCCUGAGCCUGAUGGACGCCGACGCCGUGGUGGUCUACGACCACGACCUGAACCCCGUGCGGGACGCCCAGGUCCAGCGCUGGUGCGACAAGAUGGCACGGCGCAAGGACGUGCACAUGUACCGGCUUGUGAGUGCCAAUUCUGUGGAAGAGAAACUUCUGAAGAACGGGACCAAGGAUCUGAUCCGAGAAGUGGCUGCCCAGGGAAACAACUACUCCAUGGCGUUCCUGACGCAGCGCACCAUCCAGGAGCUGUUUGAGGUGUGCAUGCCCAUGGAGGACACGGGCUUCCCUGUGACAGCCGAGGAGUUGGUUGUCCUUCCCCAGGAGCCGACCGUCACGGAGACCAUCGCCCCCAAGAUCGCACGGCCUUUCAUCGAGGCCCUAAAGAGCAUUGAGUGCCUGGAGGGUGACACGCAGGAGCCCGCAGGGGAGGCCAUGCCCACAUCACCGGACCCCGACUGCUCGAGGGACCCGGAGCCCUCGCAGCUGGAGGAGUUGGCCGACUUCAUGGAACAGCUCACCCCGAUUGAAAAGUACGCUCUGAAUUACCUGGAACUCUUCCAUGCUUCCAUCGGUCCCGACAAGGAGAGCAGCGGCGAGCAGGACGCCGUGCUGACUGCGGUGCGAGCCUGGGAGGCCCAGAACCUGCUGACGCUGCAGGAGCAGGAGGCCCGGGCGCUGCAGGAGCUGGAGCAGGAGCAGCUGCUCACCUACACCCGGGAGGACGCCUACAACGCGGAGUACAUCUACGAAGGAGCGGACGGGCAGACGGAAGUCAUGCCGCUCUGGACCCCGCCCACGCCGCCCCAGGACGACAACGACAUCUACAUCGACUCGGUCAUGUGCCUCAUGUACGAGACCACGCCCAUCCCCGAGGCCAAGCUGCCCCCCGUGUACGUGCGGAAGGAGCGCCGGCGGCACAGGACGGACCCCUCAGCUGCCGGCAGGAAGAAGAAGCAGCGGCACGGGGAGGCGGUGGUGCCCCCGCGCUCGCUCUUCGACCGGGCCGCGCCGGGCCUGCUGAAGGUGCGGCGGGAGGGCAAGGAGCAGAAGAAGAACCUGCUGCUGAAGCAGCAGGCGCAGUUCGCCAAGCCGCUGCCCACCUUUGCCAAGCCCGCCGCCGAGGCCGGUCCGGACAACCCCGAGUGGCUCAUCAGCGAGGACUGGGCGCUGCUGCAGGCCGUGAAGCAGCUGCUGGAGCUGCCCCUGAACCUCACCGUCGUGUCGCCGGCCCACACGCCCAACUGGGACCUCGUCAGCGACGUCGUCAACUCCUGCAGCCGCAUCUACCGCUCCUCCAAGCAGUGCCGCAGCCGCUACGAGAGCGUGCUCAUCCCCCGCGAGGAGGGCAAGAGCAAGAACAACCGUCCCCUGCGCACGGGCCAGAUUUACGCCCAGGACGAGAACGCCACGCACACGCAGCUGUACACGAGCCACUUUGACCUGAUGAAGAUGACGGCCGGAAAGAGGAGCCCCCCCAUCAAGCCCCUGCUCGGCAUGAACCCCUUCCAGAAGAACCCCAAGCACGCAUCCGUGCUGGCGGAAAGUGGCAUCAACUACGACAAGCCCCUGCCUCCCAUCCAGGUCGCAUCUCUUCGUGCAGAGCGAAUCGCCAAGGAGAAGAAGGCGCUGGCUGACCAGCAGAAGGCGCAGCAGCCGCCUGUGACGCAGCCCCCUCCGCCCCCGCCGCAGCCACAGCCCCCACCAACCCAGCAGCCGCCACCACCUCUGCCCCAGCCUCCCGCGGCAGCAGGCAGCCAGCAGCCCUCGGGGCCACCCACCGUGCAGCCCCCUGCCCAGGCACAGCCUCCAGCACAGCCUGUGCAGCCCCCGCAGAAGGCACCCCCUGCCAUCACUACGGUGGGCAGUGCUGCCGUGCUGGCCGGGGCCAUUAAGACGUCCGUGCCGGGGACGAGCAUGCCCGCAGGCACCGUGAGCGGAAACGUGAUCGUAAACACCAUCGCGGGGGUCCCUGCUGCCACCUUCCAGUCCAUCAACAAGCGCCUGGCCUCGCCCGUGGCGCCGGGCGCCCUGACGAGCUCCGGAGGCUCGACGCCGGCCCAGGUGGUCCACACCCAGCCCCGAGCAGUGGGCUCCCCGGCCACGUCUGACCUGGUGUCCCUGGCACCGACGCAGGGCGUUCGUGCGGUCACCUCGGUGACAGCCUCGGCCGUGGUCACCACCAGCCUGGCUGCGGUGCAGACCCCAGCCCGGUCUUUGGUGACUCAGGUGUCCCAAGCCACAGGGGUCCAGCUGCCGGGGAAGACGCUCACGCCCGCUCACUUCCAGCUCCUCCGGCAGCAGCAACCGCCGCCGCCGCCGCCGCCGCCACCGCCCGCCCAGGCGCAGGUCCCGCAGCUGCAGGGCCAGGCCCAGUCGCCCGCGCAGAUCAAAGCUGUCAGCAAGCUGACCCCGGAACACCUGAUCAAAAUGCAGAAGCAGAAGCUGCAGCUGCCCCAGCAGGCUCCCCCGCCCCAGGCCCCUCCUGGCCCCCCGCCGCCCACUGCACAGGUGCAGGUGCAGCCUCCGCCGCCGGCACAGCAGCCGAGCCCCCAGCUCACCACCGUCACCGCCUCGCGGCCCGGAGCCCUGCUCACGGGCACCACCGUGACCAACCUCCAGGUGGCCCGGCUCACCCGGGUCCCCACGUCGCAGCUGCAGGCACAAGGCCAGAUGCAGGCGCAGGCGCCCCCGCCAGCUCAGGUGGCCCUGGCGAAGCCUCCGGUGGUGUCCGUGCCCGCGGCCGUGGUCUCCUCGCCAGGCGUCACGACCCUGCCCAUGAACGUUGCCGGGAUCAGCGUGGCCAUCGGGCAGCCGCAGAAAGCCACAGGCCAGACCGUGGUGGCCCAGCCCGUGCACGUGCAGCAGCUGCUGAAGCUCAAGCAGCAGGCCGUGCAGCAGCAGAAGGCCAUCCAGCCCCAGGCCGCCCCGGGCCCGGCCGCCGUCCAGCAGAAGAUCACCGCCCAGCAGAUGGCUGCUCAGGGCCAGCCACAGAAGGUCACCUAUGCCACCCAGCCAGCCCUGAAGACCCAGUUCCUCACCACCCCCAUCUCCCAGGCCCAGAAGCUGGCCGGGACGCAGCAGGUGCAGACCCAGAUCCAGGUGGCCAAGCUCCCUCAGGUGGUGCAGCAGCAGACCCCGGUGGCUGGCAUCCCACAGGUCGCCUCCGCUUCCCAGCAGGCUUCCCCGCAGACGGUGACCCUCACGCAGGCGGCGGCGGGGCAGCAGGUGCAGAUGAUCCCCGCGGUGACGGCGGCCGCCCAGGUGGUCCAGCAGAAGCUCCUGCAGCAGCAGGUGGUGACCACGGCGGCGGCCCAGCUGCAGAGCCCGGGCGUCCCCAACCCCACGCAGGUGCCGGCCGGCGCCGACAGCCCCAGCCAGCAGCCCAAGUUACAAAUGCGAGUCCCCGCCGUCCGGUUAAAGACGCCCACCAAGCCUCCGUGCCCCUAG